CCUCCGGAUUAAAGCUCCAACUUUUCCCUGCAAACAAAAAAAAUUGAAAAAUAAAAGGGGAAAAGAUCCACCUCGGAAUUCCCCACCGCCGGAGGCGCCGUCGUUUGUAACGCCGGCGUUUCUUCCAAUCGGACCGAACAUUCCUAGUAAAGGCAUCUAAAAACCAUGAAGCGAGGCUUCAGCUUUUCUGUAACCGUUGUCUUCUCGGCCAUCGUUUUUAUUUACUAUUGUACGGUCUUCAUUUUCAUUGAUCGCUGGCUUGGUCUAAUGACCUCCCCUGGUAUCAUGAACGCCGUCGCUUUUACCAGUAUUUCCUUCAUGUGUGUGUUGAAUUACACCUUUGCCAUCUUCGCGGAUCCGGGUCGGGUUCCGUCUUCUUUCAUGCCCGAUAUUGAAGAUCCCGGAGUUCCUAUCCAUGAGAUAAAACGCAAGGGAGGGGAUUUGAGAUUUUGCCAAAAGUGUUCUUGUUUUAAGCCUCCUCGUGCACAUCACUGCCGUGUUUGCAAAAGAUGCAUUCUGAAAAUGGAUCACCAUUGCAUUUGGAUAAAUAAUUGCGUCGGCCACGCCAACUACAAGGUUUUCUUCGUCUUUGUUGUAUAUGCUGUGAUAGCUUGCAUCUAUUCCCUGGUAUUACUUUUGGGGAGCUUAACUAAUGAUUCCCAUAAUGAUAAGCAGCAAAGUGCAGACUCUUUCAGAAUCGCAUAUGUUAUUUCUGGACUGUUGCUAGUCCCCUUAAGUAUGGCUUUAAGUGUUCUCUUGGGUUGGCAUAUUUACCUUAUUUUGCAAAAUAAGACGACCAUUGAGUAUCAUGAAGGGGUGAGAGCUAUGUGGCUUGCAGAGAAAGGAGGGAAUGUCUAUAAACAUCCAUAUGAUCUUGGUGCCUUUGAAAAUCUAACAACGGUAUUGGGUCCUAGUAUCUUCUUCUGGAUAUGCCCCGUAUCAAGACACAUAGGUAAUGGUCUUCGUUUUCACACAGCUUGCAAUAAAUUAUCUGCUUCAUCAACGUCAAAAUGAAGUUUCAAUUUCGUUUUUUCUACAUUGCCUCGACAAUAAUGAAUUUGCGAUGCUUGAGGGAUCGGUAUAUACUUACCUUGUGAUCACAUCUGGUAAUCCCCUUUUAAGUUAUCCUAGCACGUAUUCUGUCACCUUUUGGAAC